AUGGAUGCGGCUGCUGGCACAAGUACGACACAGUCUCAUCGACACAAACCACUGUCAAAAGCUGAGAAACAAAUCGUGUGGAAAGUAUAUGAUGGGCUUAAGAAAACACAUCCUACAACGGAAGCUGUAGAUCGCUGUUCGUUCUUAACAGGAGUGUCAGCCACCACAGUUGAAAGAAUUGUGCGUGAAUUAAAAAGCACAGAAACUUUAAGUGCGCCAAAAACUCGCCAGCGUGGACGAAGAUCUUUUCAUUUAAGUGAAUCGCAAAUGAGUAUAAUCCGGAGAACUGUACAUACGUUCUUUUUAGAAAAUAAGCUUCCAACUAUCAAAAGUGUUAAGGUUAAGUUGCAGGAGAACGACAUGAUUCCUCAAAUGGGCCGUGAAACUCUAAGAAAAGUUUUGCAUAAGUUAAAUUUUCGUUACAUGAAACGGUGUCGGAAAUCAAUCCUAAUAGAUAAAGAGGAAAUUGUAUCAUGGCGACGAAGAUAUCUGCGCUCUAUUAGGAAUUAUCGUGUUUCCAAAAGAAAAAUAUACUACCUUGAUGAAACUUGGAUUAAUGCCGGGCAUACGGUUUCAAAAAUUUGGCACGAUACAACUAUAAGAACUCCUCGUCAAGCAUUUAUAGAAGGCUUAUCUACAGGGUUACGAGCACCAUCAGGCAAAGGUCAACGUCUUAUUGUAGCUCAUAUCGGUAGCGAUACAGGUUUUCUUGAAAAUAAUGCUCUCGUUUUUAUAUCAAAGAAAACUGGCGACUAUCACGAGGACAUGGACGCCGUAUGCUUUGAAAGAUGGUUCGAAAACGUUCUUCAGCAUCUCGAACCUAACUCAGUGGUCGUAUUAGACAAUGCACCCUACCAUAGUCGACUUGUUGAACGAAUUCCUACUAUGAGUGACAAAAAAGCAGUUUUGCAACAUUGGUUGAGGGAAAAAUCAAUUCCAUACGGCGAGGAUAUGGUUAAAUUAGAGCUUAUUGGUAUUAUUAAACAACAUCGUGGUACAUAUCGUCAGCAUGCUGUAGAUACAAUGGCUAGACUUCAUGGCAUUACCAUCUUACGACUACCGCCUUAUCAUUGUGAAUUGAACCCAAUAGAAUUAAUUUGGGCACAAAUGAAAGGAUAUGUGGCUCGGGAAAAUGUCACAUAUAAAAUUAGUGAUGUCCAGCGUCUCUUGCAAGCCAGUUUGGACAGUAUUAAUUCAACUGAUUGGAAGAAUGCGAUAAGCCAUGUCAUUAAAGUAGAAGACGAUAUGUGGAGGUUGGACGGCAUGGUGGAUAAUGUUAUUGAGCCUGUGAUAAUACAAUUAGGAUCAAAUGAUUCAGACAGUUCUGCAGAAUCAAUGGAGUAA